AUGCGCUACUCCCUCACUCUCAUCGCCUUUGCCGCCACGGCUCUGGCUCUUCCCACUGCCAAGCCUGCCGACGAUGGCUCUUGGGCUCCUGGCAAGUACGAGGGCAAGGGCACAGGCUACGACGACGGCAAAUGGCAUGAGGGAAAGUAUGAGGGCGGUGACACUGGCUACGAUGAUGGCAAGUGGACCCCCGACAAGUAUCCCAGCGGAAAGUCCAAGCGCAACGAUGAUGGCUCUUGGCAUCCCGGAAAGUACGAAGGAAAGGGAACUCCCUACGAUGACGGCAAGUGGCACGAGGGAAAGUACGAAGGCGAGGGCACUGGCCACGACGACGGAAAGUGGUACCCCGGAAAGUACCCUGGCGGCAAGGCCAAGCGCAAUGACGACGGUUCCUGGGCCCCUGGCAAGUAUGAGGGCAAGGGAACUCCCUACGAUGAUGGAAAGUGGCACGAAGGAAAGUACGAGGGUGGUGAUACCGGCUACGACGACGGAAAGUACCACGGUGGCAAGGUCAAGCGCGCGGAUGACGGCUCUUGGCACGAGGGAAAGUACGAGGGUGGUGACACCGGAUAUGAUGACGGCAAGUGGGAGGAGGGCAAGUACGAGGGCGGUGAUACUGGCUAUGAUGAUGGCAAGUACCACGGCGAGAAGACCAAGCGCAACGACGAUGGUUCCUGGCACGAGGGCAAGUACGAGGGUGAGGGAACUCCCUACGAUGAUGGAAAGUGGCACGAGGGAAAGUAUGAGGGCGGCGAC